AUGCCUGCGAAUUUCGUGUCUGUGGUCAGAACUGGAUCUGACCGAGCCUCUUGUUGCGACGAGUGCCGCUUAGACCUCAGCAAGAUAUCGCAGAGUGGCUCCGAGGUCAGUCACUGUAUGACCAGAUUCGCACAAGAAUACCUAAACGACCGUCCCCAGUUCCAACAGGAAGUUCUGCGCGUGGCCAGCGAGGUGGGUGAGAUGGCAUAUACCGCGGAGAGCAGCAGAGAGCAGCUUGAUCGCGAGGAAUACAAGAUGAAAACCCGUAUGGCAGCUGCGCGUCAUCGUCUACUGCUGGUAUCGCCCGGCACGACUUAUCCUCAGCCUGGGUCCUCGUCGACGCUUAAUAACGCCGGUCCGUACGGCACCGACACUGUCACCAGCAGUGGCGUUCGAUUGCCGUCAAUAAUACCGACGGAUUUCCGGUGCCCAAGGUCUGCGUCGCUAGAAUACCGGCCGGGAACCCCAACGCGUCGUAGGCCAACCCCGAUGGAACACAGGACGUCUGUUUAUCCCCAUGUCCCCCUCUCUCGUUCACCUUACCCCAGGUCUCCUUGCCUCAACGCCCAUGCUAGAUAUCCAAAUUCUAGCUUCACCAAUCUCCCGUGGAUUACCCACGACGCUCUUAUUCCCACACAACCUGCCGAGCCCCAGGCCGAGCCUCAGGGAGCCAAGCCACGGGAACCGGAUGAGUCGGUCCAAUUGGAAACUCCGCCGAGUACCCCGGCCAAGGAGGACAGCCGUAAUGGAUGGGGUAACGGUGACUUUCGGGGCUUUGGUAACGGCAAUGGUCAGGGCCACGAAGGUAUCACCUACUACAGGAACGGCGACGUACUGCCAACGCAACCGCCGGUGAGUCCUGCGGCGAGUCCUGCGGCGGUUCUAGCGAGCAACAGCAACAGCAGUACCAGCAGCAACAGCAGCCGCCCCAGCCCCAGCCCGAACCCCAGCACCGGCCCCAGUACCGGUCAUGGCGCAGUACAUGGGAAAACUAGUCAACCCGAUAAUCACCAGCCCAUUCCUACCCGUCUCUUCUCCUACUUGUCAAUUCCUACCGCAGCCGCUACUAGUUCGAGUCCCUAA